AUGCUGAGAAGUCCAAUGCGCACACUCGCUGUUCUUCUCCUUCUUUCCCUCCUGGUGCUGUCGUUUUCAAAUUUCGUGACCGGAAAAAGCCUUGAUUUGGAAACAACUGUACGUGACGAUCGAUAUGCAACGGACUUCCCACAUUCCCCACGAGGACUCUAUAAGCUCACCAUUUCUUUGCGGCUUUCUUUUACAAAGAGAGAGGAAAUUUUAGCUUCUCGUCAGCGACGUAAGAAACAACUGGAAAGUAUGUUGAUAGAUGCCAGGCAGCGUUUAGCUGACCACAGGUCUGGUUCCAAGCUCCUCUCGUCAGACGAGCUUAAAAGUCUCGACAAGAAGGUUGACAUAUAUCAACGAAAGCUUGAUACCAUGCAAGACGAUCUCGACGAUAGAGAAGUAGAGCGCAUUCUGAAAAGAGAACAGAUCCAUAAUGAGCGAUUGCAUGAACGCCGGCAACGGCGCUCCGAAUUGUAG